AUGCCUCCCCGUCAAAAAUUAAUCAUGGUGGGCAAGGUACCCAUCGAAACCAUGGAUGACCUAAGGGAAAUUAGGACCAAUUUCAAAGUAAGAGGCCAGAAGAUGAUGGUACCCGGUCGUAGGGAUCGUGCCCACCAACUGCCGCCAGGCAAGAUGACGGUUUAUCGCUGUUACUUGGAAUUGGGGUUGAAUCUUCCUCUUCUUCCCUUUGUGGCAGCGCUGAUGUGGGCAUAUGAGAUGCCCCUAGCACAGUGGCUGCAGAAUGUGAUCCCUUUUAUCUUGGGUUUUCUCCACAUUUGCCAGCUUGUGGGGGUGAAGGCGGAUGUGUUCUUGUUCCCCUGUUUUUUCAAGAUGGUGCAAUCGGAGCGCAAUUAUACGGGGUGGUUUAGUUUUCAGCAUAAUCCUAUGACAGGGUCGCAUUCCUUGGUUGCAGUGGAAAAGCGUGGAGAGAAAUGGAGGGAGUAUUUCUUCUUUGUCGACGCGGGGACGAUUGUGGUUCCCCAAUUUAAGAGUAAUCCUUUGUCUAAUGCUACAACGACGUCUGCUGAUAACAUUGCUGAAACUGCGAUCGUGCCCAAGGUGAAGGCACCACGAAAGCGUAAGUCUGACCGCCAAACGGUGGCAACGCCUAGCCAGUCACAUGUGGGAAGCGGCAAGAAGAAUAAGUCUGGGAGUGGUGCUUCCCAAAUGCCCCCGCGCCCUGACACCGUCCUUCUGGAUGUUGUUGCUGAGUCUGUAGUGCCCCACACGGCUUCGUCAACUGGUGCUGAGGGUGGGAUUGAUGUUAGAUCGCUAGCGACGCAGGUGCCGCCGCAGGACAUGGCUAUGGUGGGGUUUAACCCACCCAGGGACCCGCGACUGGGGCCUAUGGCCAGUCCUGCUCAGGGCGGCGAUGCCAUGUUCCAAUGUAUUUCCGGGUUGGCUCGCUGGGCUCUGUGCAUGGAGGAGGCCACCGCCGAAGCUACCUCUCUUCGUGCGAGGGUAGCGAAGAUGAAUACGAACUUUGAAGAGCAACAUCGCAUUUGGGUGGCGACUGUCGCAUCAUUGGAAGCGAAGGUCGCCCAGCUAAAGGGGGAGCUGGAAGUUGCCAACAAGGAAUGCCUGGGGCUGUUGAGAUAUGCAGAACGCGACCAGCUGGUGGCCAAAGUGUGGAGGGAUGCUCGUGCCUACAUUCACGACAUUGAUGUGGAUGCUUUGCCCAUGAUGAAGACGAUCCGAGAGAUUUGCUCUUAUUUGGAUUCGGCCCAAAACAUUCUGGAUAUGGGUAGCGACUCGACUGGUGCAUUUGACAUGCCUCUUGGGAUCGCGACUCCUCUCCUGUCUCCCAGCAAUCCUUCUGGUAAUGCUAGUUCUGAAGGCGGCAACUCCUCAUCCAGCCCUGGGUCGCAUAGAGGGAAAGAUUUCCAAGACGAUGCCCCAGAGAUCCCCGACCCCAAUGAGGACAAGGCCGAAGAUAUUGAUUUUGAGGAUGCCACUCAUCUCGAGGGGGCUUUGCUGAAUUUGGGGGGUGGUGAUGCCCCACUCAUUUCUGAUGUGGUGUUUGUUCAGUCCACCCCUCCUGUUGGUGAAGUGGGGACCGUGGGUGUGUCGAUUCCUUCAGGGGUACCUCGUGCCGGGAAAGGAUCUGAUGCCGCGACAACAACGGGGGACGGGAUGUUGAUGUUGAAAAUUUGUUGGAAGAGGGUCUACGCCACUGUCGCUGUUCGCUGGCGAAGGGAUUCACAAAUCCUGGCUCGCUAUAGAGUGUUUGCUCAGCACCUACAAGCGUCCCUGAGGACAUUGGCAGAUCGCGUGGUAGAAGUAGGUGGGACAGUCGAUCCCAACAUGCUUAGAUUCCCAGCAUUUGAUAAUAUUGACCAUCCACCACCGUUCCUUGGUACCCUGGAGAAUGCCAUCAUCCAGGAUCCAAUCCCAAAAGUGCCACCGUGCGAUGUUUAA